CAUUGGCCAUUCUUGAGGUUGCAGGUCUCGGUGGUGGCUAGUAGUGGUUUGUCUCGACUCGUCUCACUUUCUGGGUGCCUUCCUCAGUGGUGGCAUAAAUGAAUUAGAUAAUAUAUAAAUACCAUGACUCUGCAACUCUGUGGGGGAGGGGGUGCAGGUUCUGGCUCUUGGUCCCUGGUAGGCUGUAGAAUUCUGCAACUCCUACAUUGGAGAUAGCUUUAGGGAGCCCUCACCCAGAAAUUUGUAUUUCAUUACUUUCAAUGCUGGGUUUUUAAGGGUCUAGGUUAAUUCCUUCACAUCCAUAUAGAUGUAUUAUAACCAUAUUUACAUUAUUUAAAAGUUAGGGGUAAUAAUUAAAUUCAGCAAAUGAUAAUUGUAAUAUCCCAGGGAUCAACAUAUGAUAUAAUCAUAUUUUAAGGAUAAAUAUAUAUUAUUUUUGCCAAUCUUGCUUGGAUAAAGCUAUUUGAAGGGUAAGAGGGGUACGGUAACUCUUUAUGGAAGUGCAAAAUUUAUGGAUAUUCCCAUUGACAUUUUGGUCAGUUUUAUAACCACCUUACUUAAGUAAUGAAGGCUGGGUUGGGAAAUUUAGAUAAUACUGAAGCUAAAAUAGAUGUAAUAAGCAUUUAAAAAUGUAGACAAACCUUAUGUUUGACAUUAAAAUGAAUAUCAUCGAAUACUUCAGCAAUGGAGCUAUAAGUUGUGGAAAAUUGUGUUGAAUGUUUCAGUAUACAAGACUGAUGCCAUAGGCUUGGUGAGCUAGUGAGUAGAUUAUAAGGCUGAAUUGUAGACAAAAUUAUCAAGAUCUGUCUUUUUGACAAAUUAUUUGUGAUGUUCAGGCAGAUUAUGCUAUUUUGCAUAACAUACUCAAUUAAAGGGUCGCAGAGAUUAGGAGUUUUUACUGCUGUUGGUCUGAAUGUUGUGAACGAAACAAAACUUAUUAAUAUUUUAUGAAAUUCUCUUGUGCUACUAUGCUCAUAUCUAAAUAUUUGCUUGUAUGGACUUUGUUUGGAAAUAAUGCAGAAAAUUGUUAUGAAGGGACUUUCUGCAACAUUGGCUACUGUAUUGGCCAUACCAAUGAUGGAAGUAGUAGUGCUUCAGGAAGAAGUGGAGUUGCCAGCAAGGCAGAACUCCCCUUACAGUGAUGAGUGGAAAAGGACCACUCACCUACCAGACUUGUUGCUGGCACUCAGUAACCAGAGCUUUGCCACAGCUUCUGGACUCUGGUGCCACCCUUGGAAGGCCAUGCAGAAAGUGGUGUGGUCCACAUAUUCUGCCCAAGGAAUUGGCUGUCUAGCCAAGCACACUUAUUGAGCACAGUAACUUGGCUGGCAUUAAAUACUUUGUGCUCUAUAUACUCAGUGCUAUGGUUUGAGACGUAGUGCAGAUCGUGUGACCUCCAGACGUGGUCCCCGAAGUCCACCACCUCGCCCAGUAAAUGUGCCUGGUGGCAAUGGAUUGGCUCAUAAUGGUGGUGGGGGUGGUGGUGGCGGAGGUGGUGGUGGUGGUGGUGGUGGUGGCGGCGGCGGCCGUGGCCGCAAAUGGAAAGUACGCUUGCGUAGGCCUAACAAACGGUCAGCAAGGGGUGGUGGAGGAGGAGGAGGCGGCAGUGGAGGACCACCAAUGUCUGGUGGCAACAAACAGCCCAUUGCCUCCAUGAGGAUGAGAAUGGAUGAUUAUAGGCCACCACGUGCUGAAAGGCUCCUCCGUGAUCCUAAAGAUGAUGGUCAUCAUGGAACUGCAGGAGAGAGAGGUCCUAUGGAGCAAGUGGUUGUGCGUGCACGCCGUGAAGCUUCCACUCGUACUAAGGACACUUUUUGGACUAAGAAGUUGUUGGAUGCUGAAGCUACUCAACCAAACAGGUGGGCACACACUGGAUUCAAGGAAUUAUACAGAGAUGAGCUAGGAUAUAGUGAUAUUGGGGAGGGAAGUGCAGAUGAAAAGGAAAGAGAAAACCGGGCUUCAUCUCGUCCUCGUGACCCACGGGAUCCACCGGGCAUUGUUCCUCGCAAAGCUGCUUCCCCCUCCCGCCCCAGAUCCCCACAAGACCCACGGCGGAGAACAAGAAGUGGAUCAGCUCAAUCUCCCCGAAGAUCUCCAAGACGAUCUCCAAGGCGUUCUCCUCCUCGGCCAGCCCCAAGAACUUCACCACGUUCGCCAAGGCGAUCUCCAAGACGCUCUCCUAAACCAGUUAAAAGAGUGAAAAAAGUUCAUAGUUCUCGGUCACCUGCACGUGGUCGUGGUAUUCACAAAAGGACAUACUCUAGCAGCUAUUCAAGAUCGUCUUCCAGUAGUAGUGGUUCUUCAUACUCUAGAAGCUAUUCUUCUUAUUCUCGUUCAUCAUCGGGCUCAUCAUCAUCAUCCUUUACAAGUUCUUCAUCCAGCUCAUCUGGGUCUAGGCGGAAACGUUCUUAUACACCAGCACCUCGCAGACCAAAGUCUUAUUCUGGAUCUCCCCGAAGGGCGAGGGUAAGUAAAAGGAAACCACCACCAGCUAAUCCAUCAUCACAGGUUCGCAUGAAGCAAGUUACCCAUCAGGAGACAACAAAGAAACUUGUUACUAAAACUGUCAGCAAUGUUGUUGUAAAGUCACGAAAUACUGUAUCAAAAAUGCCAAAGUUGAAAAACAAGGUAAAAAUCAAAGAAGGGGAAAGUGCAGUACGAAGAAAAGCACGUCCUCCUGUUCCUGCACCUGCGAGCAAUUAUUAUAAUGAUACUAAUGAAGUGCCGGUAGAAGAACCUGCAGUGUAUAGGGGACCAGGCACUCCUCCUCGUGUUCCCACAGAGGGUCGUCACUUAUUAGAUCCUCACCACUAUAAGGUUGUCCCACCUGAUCAUCCAGAGUAUCAUCAACCUCCACCUCCCCCAAGAGAAUCACCAAGAUCAGAAGGAGAAGAAUCAGAUUCAGAUUCAUCAUCAGAUGAUGAAGAUGGGCCACGACGUAUGACACUUUCCGAGAGAUUUGGAAAACUCGCUCAACUUAGUUCACAGCGACAAGAAUAUGAAGGAGUGCGGAUGAAGAUAGUUCGUGAAGGAGGUCAAGAUAAGAAAGUUUACCUUGAAGCUGGACGACUACAGUCUAGGACACCUUCUCCAAGUGGUAGAAGUCGUGCAAAUCAUCCAGCUCAUGAAAGAUGGCUACAAGAACAUCAGGCUGAAUAUAGAGAAUAUCAGGAGCGCUAUGGAGAGAUAAGGCAGUGGGAUCCCCAUCGUGAUUUGCCUAGAGAAUUACCACAAAAUUGGGAUGAUGUUCAUGUCAGAUAUCGUUAUUAUAAAGAAUCUGGAUAUUUUGGAGAUAGAUCUAUUACUCUUGACGAUUACCUUAAAUGGGAACAAUGGUGGUAUCGUUAUCGUGAUUGGUUGGAGAAAUAUGGAACCAGCCAAGACUUGGAGGAAAGGGACUGGCAGUUUCGUGCUUCCAGCUAUGAAUAUGAAGUUCGUGGUGCAGCUACUACUGGGCUUGGUGGCAGAUGGGCCAGACGAGAAUCUUCACGAGAAGCAGAUGACAGAAAGAGAAGACGCUAUUAAUAUUGUUCAGAUUUUGUACUCUGUAUCGUGAUUAAUGUACCACAUACAGUAUAUCUGAACAUGAUUUAUUAUUAUUAUUAUUAUUGUAUUUUGA